AUGUUAACAGGGGGAACUAUUUCUGCAUCUGGUUGUACGAUAGAAUGGAAUACUGUUUUUAAAACGGGUCAAACAGCUUCUACAUAUAUAGUUGCUAUCAUGGGCGAAGAUUUUUCGAAUACUGGUAGAUCAGCGCUAAGUGCUGUAUCACUAGAAAUGGCUAUUUAUGUAUAUAGUGCCGGUUCUGGCGCAUGUGUGAAUGACUCACCACAGGUUAUUGGAGCUAGAUCUAAUCGAGCAUGUAUUGCGUCUGCUUCUGUUCAUCGUCCUAAUCGUAAUGGUACCUAUGUUAAAAUCUAUCAUCAAAAUGGUACCAUGGUUUGGUCAAUUGAUUGUAGUUGGAGUCCGGAUGUUUUUUAUACAAAUCAAACAAUUAUAUUUAUUGUACGAAAUCCGAAUUGGGAUGCUGGAGCUCUUUAUUAUAUUAAUUUUGAUAAUGGUGCAUCAUCUGGCACAGCUUUCUGUGACCCGGAAUCAGCACCAAUCACAAGUAGGUAA